AUGUUAUAUGGCGCAAUUGUACUCCAUGUUACACGGCGCAAUUAUACUCCAUGUUAUAUGGCGCAAUUGUACUCCAUGUUACACGGCGCAAUUGUACUCCAUGUUGUAGAGCUCAAUUGUACUCCAUGUUACACGGCGCAAUUGUACUCCAUGUUAUAUGGCGCAAUUGUGCUCCAUGUUACACGGCGCAAUUGUACUCCAUGUUGUAGAGCUCAAUUGUACUCCAUGUUACACGGCGCAAUUGUACUCCAUGUUAUAGAGCGCAAUUGUGCUCCAUGUUACAUGGCGCAAUUGUACUCCAUGUUAUAG